AUGUCAUCCACCUCAAAGGCGUUCAUUAAUAUUCAUCAACUCGGAUUCGUGUUCUUCUUCAAUUUCUUCUCAUUCUUCACAUUAUCAUCGCUAACCCAAACCUUAGUUGAAGAAUUAUCGAAGAGCCAGAACAUCAGUAAACACGCCGGUUAUUUCUGUGGAUUCCUCAUUUAUUUGAUAUUCUCUCUUGGCCAUAUUGUGGCCACUCCAAUCGUUGACUAUAUCACACCGAAAUGGUCAAUUGUCUCCGGAAUUUUCGGCUACGCAUUAUACGAGCUCUCAUUCUUGAUAAUCAAUGAGCCAUUUAUGUAUUUCACCGCAGCCAUGGCCGGAUUCUCGGGAUCACUAUUAUGGACUGGACAGUUCGAUUAUCUUGCACAAAAUUGUCAGCCGAAUACGUUGGACAAAAACUCUUCAACACUCUGGGGACUUACACAAAUAUCACUCAUAUUCGGCGGAAUAUAUUUACUAAUCAUUUAUCGAUUUGCGCCAGGCGAUUCGUAUGAUAUGUCAUUGAUCCGAUUUAUUCUACUAUCAUUUCUCGCAUGCACAAUCAUCAGUUUCAUUAUAGCCGUGUUCCUCGAAAAGCCUGCAUAUAAGGCCGAGAAAUACAACGUUCCAUACUUUCAACAUUUAACUGAAAUCGGCAAGGUUUCUUUACAUCGCAACCUGCUUCUCCUUUUAUUCACAUUUCUGUACACGGGAUUCGAGCUCUCAUUCUUUUCAGUGGUAUAUCCCACAAUGAUAUCAUUCACAACCGCAUUAGGCAACAAUCGUGAUUUGAAUGCAAUAUCCGUGGUUUGUGUUGGCAUCGGUUCGAUUACAGGAUGUGCGUUAUUGUCAAUAAUGGGUGAACGGGUCCGCGCGUUCGGCCGGAAGAAUAUGGUCCUCCUUGGAUUCAUUGUUCACAUUUCCAGCUUCAUUCUUAUAUUCUUCUCAUUCCCCGACGACUCCCCUCUAUCGGUGACAAACGAAAUCGGCUACAUCUCACCUCAGCCAGUUGUGGUCAUUCUGAUCGGAAUUUUACUCGGCAUCGGUGAUACGAUAUUCAAUAUGCAGUGCUACACAAUCAUCAGUGAUAUCUAUGAGCACGUGAAUCGAAUUGAGGCGUUCGCAGUCUACAGAUUCUAUCAAUCAAUCGCGAGUUGCAUCGCAAUGUUUUACUCCUCAUAUUUUUCAUUGAAAUAUCAUAUGGUGAUAUUGGCAUUUUUCUCAAUAGCAUCGGUGGUGACUUUUUUCCAAAUACGGGUGCCAAAUUCAAUUCAGAAGACUCAGAGUUCUCAACUCGAAAUCGUUUCUUAA